AGGCAUCGAUUGGCUCUGCUCCUGCUCUGACACGCUCAUAUCAUGCCAAAGUCAUCGAACAUUACGAACGACCACAAAAUGUCGGUUCGAUGCCAAAGAAUGACAUUGACGUUGGGACGGGCUUAGUGGGUGCUCCUGCCUGCGGCGACGUGAUGAAGCUCCAGAUCCGCGUCGACGACAACGGAAUUAUCAGCGACGUCAAGUUCAAAACUUUUGGCUGUGGCUCCGCUAUAGCCUCUUCGUCUUACAUGACCGAGCGAGUAAAAGGGCUAUCGAUUGAGGAAGCCUGCAAGAUCAAGAACACGGAAAUCGCAAAAGAGCUGGCCCUCCCUCCCGUCAAAUUGCAUUGUUCGAUGUUGGCAGAGGAUGCUAUCCGAUCUGCUAUUCAUGAUUAUAGGUCCAAACGCUCAAAAUUGCAGCAGAAAAGUUCGGGUUUUAUCGACGUUUCGCAUAGCCCCGUAGCGGGUGAGACGAUCGCCACGGCUCAUUCGAAUCAAACCCUUCCCGCUUGAUCGACAUGGGGUCUUUUUUCUCGUCCUCUUUUUUGACCUAUAUAAUAUCUGGACUGCUGUUCUUUGACUUCUUCUCCUAAUGUAUCCUUUUUUCUCUUUCCUAUGCUUUCAGGCUCACUUCUUCCCUCCAUCCCCCGACGCGCUCUCUCUCCCCACACGCGGAUAGGUACAUAGCCGUUACCCUUCGUCGCAACUACCCUCUACAUCGAACCCAUCAC